ACAGACGGACGGACGGGGCGCGCCGCGCGGACCCCGCGGACGCCGCCGGCCUCGCUCCCACCGGCGCCCACCGAGACGCGGCCGCGCCCCGCCCGGAGCCUCCUGCGGCAGCCCGACCCCGCCGAGACUCAGUUUCCCCAGCCCGGCCACCCUUCCAGGAGUUCCUGCGAUCUCAGUCUUCGCCAGGUGUGUCUGAGCCUGUGCCCGCCUGCCACCCACCCACCCGCCUCGCCCCAUCCCCCCACAGCCUCAACCGAAUGUGGUGCUGACCCGCACCCCCCACGCCCGCCCCACUCGGAUGCCAUGAGCCUCAACAACAGUGCUCUGGGGUCUUGCUUCCGGCCGACCAACAUCACGCUGGCUGAGCGGCGCCUCAUCGCCUCGCCCUGGUUCGCCGCCUCCUUCUGCCUCGUGGGCAUGGCCUCCAACCUGCUGGCCCUGCGGGUGCUGGCCGGUGCACGGCAGGGCAGCUCCUCCCCUCGCUCCUCCUUCCUCACGCUCCUCUGCGGCUUGGUGCUCACCGACUUCCUGGGGCUGCUGGUCACAGGGGCCAUCGUGGUGUCCCAGCACGUCGUCCUCUUCGACUGGCAGGCCGUGGACCCCCACUGCCGCCUCUGCCGCUUCAUGGGCGUCGGCAUGGUCUUCUUCGGCCUUUGCCCGCUGCUGCUGGGUGCCACCAUGGCGUCGGAGCGCUACCUGGGCAUCACCCGGCCCUUCUCGCGGCCCGCCGUGGGCUCCCCGCGCCGCGCCUGGGCCACCGUGGGCCUGGUGUGGGCCGUGGCGCUGGCCCUGGGGCUGCUGCCGCUGCUGGGCGUGGGGCGCUACACCGUGCAGUUCCCCGGGUCCUGGUGCUUCCUCACCCUCGGACCCGAGCCCGGGGACGUGGCCUUUGGGCUGCUCUUUGCCUUCCUGGGCAGCCUCUCGGUGGGGCUGUCCUUCCUGCUCAACACCAUCAGCGUGGCCACUCUGUGCCACGUCUACCACGGGCAGGAGGCCGCCCAGCAGCGCCCUCGGGACUGCGAGGUGGAGAUGAUGGUUCAGCUCACGGGCAUCAUGGUUGUGGCCAGUAUCUGUUGGAUGCCACUGCUGGUGUUCAUCGCGCAGACGGUGCUGCAGACCCCGCCGGCCAUGAGCCCCAGCGGGCAGCUGUCGCGGGCCACCGAGAAGCAGCUGCUCAUCUACCUGCGCGUGGCCACGUGGAACCAGAUCCUGGACCCCUGGGUGUACAUCCUGUUCCGCCGCUCCGUGCUGCGGCGUCUACACCCGCGCGCCAGCGCCCGGUCGCGCGCUCUGUCCCUGCAAGGACAGGCGCUGCCCCGGGGCCCGGGGCCCUAG